UUACACUUUCUUCUUCCAAACCCUAAUUCUCUACCACCGCUUUCCCCAAAAUCCAUUCGAUUAGGUUUCUUUUCCAUGGAUUCUGAUGAUAUGCACUAUUCCAACGAUGUUGAAUCCCUCCAUGACGAUGACUACAGUGACGACUAUGAUGAUGAUAACAAUAACAAUGAUGCUGCUGAUGAUUACGUUGAUGGUGCUGAUGAUUCUGACGCUAAGAUAACUGAGAUAAAUUUUUCCAUAUUGAACGAAUCAGAUAUCCGGGAACAGCAGGAAGAUGAUAUUAGUAGUGUCGCGGCAGUUCUUUCCAUACCACCAGUUGCUGCAAGCAUCCUACUUCGUCAUUAUAAUUGGAAUGUCAGUAAUGUUAAUGAAGCUUGGUUUGCUGAUGAAGACGGAGUCCGAAGAAAAGUUGGUUUGUUGGAGAAGCCGGUUUGUGAGAAUCAUGAUGCUAAAAAGCUUACUUGCGGCAUCUGUUUUGAAGCUUAUCGUCUUUCUAAGAUUCACACUGCUUCUUGCGGUCAUCCGUACUGUUUUUCAUGCUGGAGAGGAUAUAUUGGCACCUCAAUCAACGAUGGUCCGGGAUGCUUGAUGCUGAGAUGUCCUGAUCCCGCUUGUGGUGCUGCUGUUGAUCAAGAUACAAUUAAUCUUUUAGCAUCUGCUGAAGAUAAGGAGAAGUAUGAUCGUUAUCUUGUUAGAUCUUACAUUGAAAACAAUAAAAAGACCAAGUGGUGUCCUGCUCCUGGUUGUGAACAUGCAGUUAAUUUUGAUGCUGGUGGUGAAAAUUAUGACGUAUCUUGCCUCUGUUCAUAUAGCUUUUGCUGGAAUUGCACUGAAGAUGCUCACCGUCCAGUGGAUUGCGACACAGUGUCGAAGUGGAUUUUGAAAAACAGUGCAGAAUCUGAAAAUACGACCUGGAUACUUGCUUACACGAAGCCGUGUCCCAAGUGCAAGAGACCAAUUGAAAAAAACAAUGGAUGCAUGCAUAUGACAUGUACUCAACCUUGCAGGUUUGAAUUUUGCUGGCUAUGCCUUGGUUCAUGGUCUAACCAUCUCAAUUGCAAUGCUUAUGGAACAGCUAAACAAGAUGAAACUGUAAUUAGAAGAGAAAUGGCAAAGAAAUUAUUGGAGAAGUACGCACAUUAUUAUGAGCGGUGGGCUAGUAACAAUUCUUCAAGGCAAAAAGCUCUUGCUGAUCUACACCAGAUGCAAACUGUUCAUAUGAAGAAGCUUAGUGUCAUACAGUGCCAACCUGAGUCACAGCUUAAGUUCAUUACCGAGGCUUGGUUACAGAUAGUUGAGUGCAGGCGGGUAUUGAAGUGGACAUAUGCAUAUGGAUACUAUUUAGCUGAGCAUGAGCAUGCUAAAAAGCAGCUCUUUGAGUACUUGCAAGGUGUGGCAGAAUCAGGUUUGGAGAGACUUCAUCAAUGCGCCGAAAAGGAACUCCAAGCAUUCCUCAGUGCUGAAGCCCCGUCUGAAGGAUUCAACAAUUUUCGCAGAAAACUGGCUGGAUUGACCAGUGUGACUAAAAACUUCUUUGAGAAUUUGGUUAGGGCAUUAGAGAAUGGUUUAUGUGAUGUGGAUAGUAAUGAAGCAGGGAGCAGUAAGGGAAGAAGCGGAAGAGGAAAGGGGACGAAUCGAGCUACCGUGUUAACUUAUGAUAAUGAGUGGUAUUGUGAGCGAUGUACCUAUGCAAACGUCGGAUCUGCCACUGAAUGCGCCAUGUGCGAUGAGUGGUCUUGUGAGAAAUGCACGUAUGCAAACGUCGGAUCUGUCACUGAAUGCGUGAUGUGCAAUCAACAGCGUCAGUGACGCACUAUAAACAAAUGUCUUCUGCUCAAAGGCCUGUCAGAUGUUAGU